AUGGGAAAAUCUCCGCGCCUUUCGAAAGGGCGGCGCGAAUCGAAGAACGAAAGGAGCGAGAAAAAGAGGAAGAGGCCGACGAUGGAGGACGAAGAAAGUAGUGGCGGAGAGGCCGAGAAACAGCGGGGUUUUCGGCUGUCGGAGGUGAUUUCAGAUUGCAUAAAGCGAUGGUUCGUUGAUACUCUCAAGGAGGCCAAGGCUGGGGAUAUCAACAUGCAGGUGCUCGUCGGCCAGAUGUAUUACAGUGGUUACGGCGUGCCCAGAGAUGCCCAAAAGGGAAAAAUUUGGAUAACAAAAGCUUCAAGGGUGAGAUCUUCAGUUUGGAAAGUCAGUAAUAAACGCCCAGGUUAUAAUGCAAGUGAUUCUGAUUCGGAUUCAGAUUCAGAUGAACCAGUUGAGAAUUCAUGA